AUGUUAGAGACCAACCUACGCGUACUACAGCUGAACAUCAUGAAAUCGGGGCCAAGGAUGGAAGCGCUCAUCAACGACCACCAGAGCCAGAACCUGGAUAUUCUCUUGAUCCAGGAACCGUCGAUCACUAGCUAUCAAACACACGUUAAUCACAGUGCAUGGCGGCUAUACCGACCAACUGUCGACACGGACGCAGUUCGGUUUCGUAGCCUCGUAUAUGUUAACCGCAACCUAUCAACCUCCUCGCACCGGCAGAUUCGGUGCGAACACCCAGACAUUACUGCCAUCAAGAUUUGGACUGCCGACUCCCAAAUUCUCCUGUUUUCUGUUUACCUCCCUUCUGUCCCGCUAUACGCCCCCGAUGAAGGAUCAGCAGAACCCAUGCUCACAGCAAUCCAAAACACAAUUUCAAUCGCCCGACGGGACGACCGGCGGUCCACGACUGUUAUCCUAUCAGGAGAUUUCAACCGCCAUCACCCAAUGUGGGGCGGCAACCAUAUUCAACCGAGAUUUAUCGAAGACGCAUGUGAACUCAUCACCUUCUUCCAAGAGCACAAUUUACAAACCUGCCUGCCUCGAGGUACAGCUACCUUCUGGCCCCUUAACGACCCAGGAAAAAGCACGACUAUCGAUCUAACUGUAACGGACCGACCGGGCCUGCUCAUCAAAUGUCACCUUUACCACGAAAACUACGGGUCGGACCACCGAGCAACAUAUUCGGAAUGGAGCCUUAAACCCUACCACAAGCCCACCGCCAAGGCGAGGAAAGCGUACGAACGAGCAGAGUGGGACAAGAUCGGAGCCGAAGUGCUCCAGCGGAUGGGCCCAUGGAAAGAGAUCAAAACGAGACCAGCUCUAGACGAAACAGUCGAACGUCUCACAGAAAUCACGAUAUCUGCCGUGGAGAACCACACCCCAAACCGACGCCCAACCCCCUAUUCCAAACGCUGGUUCACGCCAGACCUUAAAGGCCAACAGACCGAGGUCAACCGCUUACGCCGGAAAUGGCAAGAGAGCUGUGCGGAAUACGGACGAGAUCACGCACGCUCAGGGACCCUCUUCCAAGAGAUGCAGCAAAAGCGUCGAGCCUGGACCCGUACUAUUGAAAAAGUCAAAAAGUCACACUGGAAACAGUUCCUAGACGGAGCUGGGGAAGGAACGCUAUGGAAAGCGGCUACCUAUAUGAAACCGCGAGAGACCUGGGGUUGCAUCCCGGCCUUGCACGUUGAUUCAAACGAACUGGUGGAGAACGAGGACAAGGCACAAGCAUUUCUGGACACUUUCUUCCCCAAAAUGGACCAACCCCUCGAAGACCCACCAGUCCAGGCCCCGUUGGAGCUACCCUGGCCACUAAUCACGGAACUGGAAAUCCAGCGAUCUCUUAAAGCAGCCAAAAGCUCCACGGCACCGGGCGAAGACGGUCUACCGACGCUUGUGUGGAAACACCUAUGGAAGUAUAUAGGAAAGCUCAUUACCAGAAUCUUCACAGCAUCAAUUAAACUAGGGCACCACCCAAGACGUUGGCGGAGAGCAAAGAUCGUGGUGCUGCGGAAACCUGGGAAGCCGGACUACUCGAUCCCUGGGGCCUAUCGCCCGAUCUCACUCCUUAACACACUAGGUAAACUUCUUGAGGCAGUCAUGGCUCGACGACUAUCGUACCUCGCCGAGAAGCACGGCUUACUACCCGACACACAAUUCGGAGGGCGACCGGGCAGGACCACUGAACAAGCCCUGCUAGUCCUUUCCAACGCGAUUGACCAAGCUUGGUAUAAACAUGGAGUAAUGACACUCAUCGCGUUCGAUCUGAAAGGGGCCUUCAACGGAGUCAACAAAAUCAGCCUUGACGCCCGCCUCCGAGCAAAGGGAAUCCCAGCCGUAGCUAGAAAGUGGAUUGCAAGCUUUAUGAGCGAACGCUACGCUAGCAUAGGAUUUGAUGACUUCCGUACCGAGGUCGCCCUGCUAGUCAACGCAGGACUGGCGCAGGGCUCACCCCUCUCACCCAUUCUGUUCACAUUCUUCAACUCCGACCUGGUCGACCAACCAGUCACCUUUCGUGGUGGCGCAUCAGCGUUCAUUGAUGACUACUUCCGCUGGCGAGUAGGCCGCUCAGCCGAAGAGAACCUAGCCAAAAUCCAGUCAGAGGAUAUCCCUCGCAUCGAAGCGUGGGCGCAACAGACUGGCUCCUGCUUCGCAGCUGAGAAGACCGAGCUUAUCCAUAUCACCAGGAGAAGAAGCGAGCAACUACAAGGGCAAGUAGUCAUAAACGGGAAAACUGUCAAACCAUCACCCACGGCGAAGCUACUGGGUGUGAUCUUCGACCAUGAGUUGCGGUGGAAAGAGCAUGUCCAGCAAGCCAUCAAACGUGCCACCAAGGUAACCAUUGCUCUGGCCGGACUGCGACAUCUACGCCCAGAACAGAUGCGACAAAUUUACCAAGCGUGCGUCACACCAGUGGUAGACUAUGCGUCAACGGUCUGGCAUGACCCUCUACGUGAUAAAACCCACCUGCGCCACCUAAACACAGUGCAAAGGGCCCCUCUGGUUCGUAUCCUGUCGGCGUUCAGGACAGUAGCGUCCGCCACUCUAGAAGUGGAAGCACAUGUCCUUCCAACACACCUCCGCCUCCGCCGCCGAGCACAAUAUACCAUCGCGAGACUCCACACUCUACCUCGUAUUCACCCUAUUUGGGGUGCGCUCCUCCGAGCUCAGAGACGAAGGAACAACAUUGGAAACUACGCUCGGUUCCCACUGGCGGAAGCUCUAAAGACUAUGGACUUACAAAGAUUGGAUGAACUAGAAACGAUUGACCCAAGUCCACUGCCACCGUGGCGAGCUGAACCCUUCGCGGAGAUUGAGGUUGGAUCGGACCGAGAAACGGCCGUGGAGCGAGCUGAAACUACACGGUCCACAUCGGAUAUUGUUGUCUACUCAGAUGCCUCUGGACGCGAGGGUCACCUAGGCGCUGCCGUUGUGGCACUCGACAGCAACUUGGAGACUGUCGAAUCUCAACAGAUUCAAGUAGGACCAAUGGACCGCUGGUCGGUUCAUGUAGCGGAGCUUAUUGGCAUCUUCUACGCUAUCAGCACAGUGUUUAAAGUUGCCCAUCAGCCCUCAGAAAGCUUAGAAAGGAGACGGAGAACAGCGACAAUACUGUGCGACAGCCGAUCAGCCUUGCAGGCGACUCAAAAUCCGACGAUCAAAUCUGGACAGCGGAUCAUCCAUGCGAUCCUCCAGGCUGCCACAGAGGUCCAAACAAAAGGAAUCGCGUUGCGCCUUCAAUGGGUGCCAGGGCACUGCGAUAACCCUGGAAAUGACGCUGCAGAUCAACAGGCCAAGGAUGCUGCACGCCCAGGCAAGACGCACCCCUUCCGCCCACUACUCUCGAGGGAGAGCGCGCGCCUCCACGGCAAUAUCCUUAAUCAGUGGGAGCAGGAAUGGAGGUCAUCCAACAAAGGUGGUCACCUACGAAAGAUCGACAGCACCCUACCAGCAACUCACACGAGGAGGCUAUAUGGGAGCCUGCCCAGGAACCGAGCGUACUUAUUAACACAGCUACGCACAGGCCACAGUUGGUUAUCUACCUACGCGAAAGCCUUUCGCUUCCGCGACGACGACCGGUGCGUGUGCGGCGCACAAGAAACUGUCACCCAUGUGCUGGUGGAUUGUCCAGAUCUGAGGGACAUUCGAAGAGAGCUACGGAGGGAAGUAGGGGACGCGCUCAGUAGCGUCUCGAGUCUACUGGGAGGCUCGACCGUAGGUAAGAAAGGUAAACCAGACACCGUCUCAAGGGCAAAGACGGUCAAGGCCGUUUUGGACUUCGCCGAGGCGUCACAGCGGUUUUGGAGUCGCGCGCCACGAGGGCAGCCUAACAAUGGGAACGGCAGUUAG